AUCCCUAUAGGGGAUUUCCCUUUACCUGCUUUAUAAAGAAGACGUAGCGUUGCGAAAAAUUGUUUAAUUUUUGUGAUAUUAGCCGAGCUUUUUAAGUAUUAUUGCCUUUGUUUCAACAUAGGCAUGGCGUCAAAUGAACCCGAGUCGUUAACUGAAGCUAUUGAUCGUUUAACUUUUUUAUUUGGCGACUCCAUUCAAUUUGAAGAAGAAAAAACGCAAAUUUCAAUUUCUGGUCUACGAUUUUCCGUGGUCGUCUGUGGUCAGUGUAUUCAUUUUGUUUAUUCAGAGGCGAAUGAUUUAUUGCAAGUUAAUUUAUCCCAAGAAGUUGAUGAAGAAAUUGAAAUGCAGCGGAAAAUCGAUCAAAUUUUGCUUCAAACUUUAAGCGGGCAUUGGCUUGAGCGUGUAACUGCUGUUACUAAGAUGUUCAAAAGUUAUUUUAAAGAAGGUCUUGAGAUGGGAAGUGAAAAUAUGGAUGCCAAUGAGGAUCAUAUUGAAGAACAUUGUUCCUCACAAAAAAGUGCAACAAAUUUGCCACUGGUCUCCCAGAAUAAGAAAGGGAAAAAGCCCCCAAUGAAAACUGCUUUGGAUGUGAUUAACAGAAUAAAAUGGGAUGCAGCUUUGGACCCUCAUGCCUUUACUGUUGCAUAUGAAGAUAGAUUUAAGGGAACCAUUGAGAAGGGAUUCUCUGAGUUUGACUGGGAGAAUGAUAUCUCUUCUGUUGGACCAGAUAUUCUCUCCAUCCCACAACACAGGAUUCAGUAUUUUAAAUACAAGAGCAGGGUAGUGUGGGAUAAAAAGGAGAGAAUAGAUCACGUCUUUGGAUCUGCUGGUGGGAGGUUAGACAUAAUGCAGGUGAUGCUAGAAGAAAAAGCGAUGGAAAUGAGAAUUAGUGAUAUGAAUGAGAAUGCUGAGGACGAUUUGCAAGAUAAGAUGGAACAAAAACCUUCUCAUUCAAGGGCAGGCCGACCCAGCCAUUUUAUUGGCAUUCGUAUUGGACAACGUGACAUUCAAAACAGGAUUGGGCAUUUGCAGCAAGAGUUACUGAAGUGUUUGGAUACAAAUGACAGAACUGAGUUAAAAGGACAUCUUACUCCAUUAUGUAAACUCCAUAUAACACUUUGCGUUUGUGAAUUGAAUACAGACACGGAAAUCGAAAAGACAAAACAAGUAAUGCAGAAAUUGUCACAAACUAUUAAACCAUUCAAGGUCACCGUUACAAACACAGAUAAUUUCAAUGAAACAGUUUUGUUUGCUAAACCCCACUCCCAGGAACUGGGAAAACUUAACAACCAAAUCAUGGAAGCUUUACAGCAAGAAAAUAUAAACCUAACAGGCAACUUCCAAAAAUUUGUUCCACACAUAACAAUAUACAAGGUUUCUGCAGCCAAGAAAUACCUUUUUCCAAAAAUCAAAGGUUUUCUACCAAAAAAGCAAAAAUUUGGUUUCCAGCAAACAACUGAAUUAGUCUUGUGUAAAUUUGGAACAAGUGAAGUCCAAAGUGAUGGAUUUUACCCGGUUUUUGGAACUUUUCCAUUGGCAAGUGAUUUAAAGGGACAUGGUAAAUGGAAAAGACACCCUAUGGCAUGGAAUGAUGCUACAGCCAAUAAGGUCCACCAAACGAAUACUUCAACAAUGGAAAAGCAUGAACAACAUUUCAUGGCAGAAAAUUCAGGAGCGCCAAAAAGGCGGAGAGGAAAAAAAUAUGAUACCAUUGUUGGAAUAUCUUUAAGUUCUGUUCUUCGUCAUAAUAAAUACGGGUUUAAAGUUGAUAAAGAGGGUUACGUGCCAGUGGAUGCAAUUCUAAAACAUCAGCAUUUCAAGAAACUCGGAUUAACAAGAGAAGAAAUGCACAGAAUUGUGAGGGAAAAUGACAAACAGAGAUUUACCAUACAAGUUAAUGAAGAUGGAAUGGAAAUAAUAAAAGCAAACCAAGGACAUUCCGUUGAGGUCAGUUCCUUAAACUUGAUGACAAUUACUGAUGCGUGUGAGUUUCAUGAUGUGAUUCAUGGGACAUUUUGGACAGCUUGGAAAUCUAUUAGAAAACAAGGUUUACAUUGCAGAAAGCGUAUGCAUAUUCACAUGACUACUGCUGAGCCAAAUUCUGACCAGCAAGUAAUAAGUGGAAUGAGAUACAGCUGUAAUGUAUUUGUUCAUAUAGACAUGGGACAAGCAAUUAAAGAUGGAAUACCGUUUUUUCUUUCCGAAAACAAAGUAAUUCUUUCACCAGGGGACAAAAAUGGAUACUUACGACCAAAAUACUUUAGAAAAGUUGAAGGAAUAUCAAAUGGAAAAAGAAUUACACUUCUGGGUGAAAAUAUUCAUAAAGAAAAUCUGAUAAUAGAAGAUAUCAUUGAAGCUAUGCUAUCUAAAGUAGAAGAGGAAGAGAUAAAAAGUUCCUAGCUGUUUCUAACCUGGUCAUAACCUGCUAAACAAAAUAAAUAUUUUUUUUAAUUAUAAUUUAUUAUAAGUUGGGUGUAUUAUUAUUCUAUACUAAUCAUUUGCUUUCAUCUUCAAGGUUUCUAAUUUUUCUGUUUUUUUUUUCUUUUUUAAAUGUUUAUUGCGUAUGUAUCUGCUUUGUUAAAUGAAAAAGGCAAUUGCUUGUAGCACUUAGAAUUUUUAGAUAGCGCUUUUAUUAGGUGCAGCUUUUUUCAAAUUUCCUGAACCUAAUAACGCAUUAAAACUAAAAUCUAGCACA